AUGAAAAGUUGCCAUUUCAUACUCUUCCUGGCCGCCUACAUCAGCUGUGACAUUGUCUAUUUGCCGUACAAGCUGUUCUCGGUAUCCAAUCCAUUCUCUCCGACUACCGUAGCCCUGGGUACGGCCAGUGAUACGCUCUAUUUCCUGAUUGCCCCACUCGGAUCGUGCUGUAUUUUGGAGCGUUUCGUGGCUACCGUAUCCUACCGUAACUACGAGAAGCGACGGCCAUGGUAUUUGUUGAUCGUCACACCGCCGAUAUGCCUCGCCUUCGCGCCUGCCAUGGCACUGCAAUAUGUUUACAACGAAGAUUUUUCCGAUUUUGUCGACAAGAGUCUUUGUGUGUUGUCGAUUUUUAACUUUUUGAGCUUAUUAUGCCUCUAUCUCGUCAAUCGGGGCUGUAUUCGGAAAAUGGCCGACGAGAAAGGGCAGAAAAGCCUGACGAUGCGAUAUCAGUUGGCGGAGAAUGUGAAGGCAGUAAAUCUGAUGCUACCACUAGUUUUGGUUGACAACAUAAUCACGGUAGUGGAUAUGGUAUUCUACGGUAUUUGGUUUGUCGACAGCCUUUUCGACCCAUCACUAUGCCGCAAAAUUGAGGGCUAUCGAUUUUUCUGGCUGUUAGGAUCAACGCUGAGCUACCUCCUCGAAGCCGUCAUGCCGUUAAUCAUUAUCUUUGGGCACGAAUUGUGUAAAAAGCGGCUGGCCAGGUGGCGUCGUCAAUACUUCCCUCAUCUGUGUACCUCGACGAGAAAGAAAAUGCUGAUACGACCCCAGUCCAGG